GGAGGGGAGAGAAGAGGGGCAGGGGUUGUGUAGAAACAUAAGAGAGGUGAAAUUGAUGGGUGAGGUGCCAUCUUCAUCUUCCCCAUCAAACAAAGCCCCUCUUCUCAGUUUGAUAUUGGGCGAUUAAUCUGGCAAAAAUACAUAUAAUUUUUCUCCUAAUAACAUAGUUGAUCUCAUUUUCCCCACAAAUCAUGAAUGUUUUGCUCAUUUCAUGAGACAACAACAUUCAUGAUUUGUGACUUUCUGUACUAGAAACCAAAUCAUUCGUCCCUUUCGUUGUAAAUCCAACAAUUCUGAAUCAGGGCAAAUCGGCUCGAUCCUCCCCAAGAUUUGAUCAUUUUCUUGGAGAAAGUUGCAAUCUUGGUCAUUGGGUGGGUCGAUCAAAAUAGAAUGACAUUGAUUGAUUGAUUGAUUGAUCGAUCUCCAGAAGUUGAGUUUCUUGAAGGGCUGUAUGAGAAUAAGAAUGGGUGCUUGCUGUACCUGCCAGAGGGUGAAGAAGCGCGAAGUAUAUCGAGUUAAAAAUGCAGAAAACAAGGAGGAGAGGGAGGCUGAUGAAGAACAUGAUGGCAUCGUAGGCAGAGGAGAUUUCGGCGCUCGUGUCAGGUUACAUGGAUCUUCCAGAUUCGUUUCCAUGUAUUCUCAGCAAGGCAAAAAGGGUGUCAAUCAAGACGCCAUGACUGUCUGGGAGCACUUUGGAGGCGAAAAAGGUGCAUUCUUCUGUGGUGUGUUCGACGGACACGGCCCCUCCGGCCACCGGGUGGCGCAAUUCAUUCGUGACCGGUUACCGUCAAAGCUUUCAGUGGCGUCAAAGGAUAAUAGCCAGGAUUUUGAGAAGGACAUUCAUCAUCAUCCAUUGUUUUCCAAGUGGAAAUCCACUUUCCCCCAAUCCUUCAAGGACAUUGAUAAUGCACUUGAAGGUGAGGAAAAGAUCGACAGCUUCAGCAGUGGCACAACAGCUGUUACUCUAAUCAAACAGGGUGAACAUUUGAUAAUUGGUAAUCUGGGAGAUUCUCGCGCUAUAAUGUGCACCAGAGACGAUACAGAUCAACUUGUUCCAGAACAACUCACCGUCGACUUGAAGCCUAAUCUUCCCGUUGAAUCUGAGCGUAUUAAGAGCUGUAAAGGAAGAGUAAUGGCGACGGCAGAAGAACCAAAUGUGUUUAGAGUGUGGAUGCCUGAACAAGAUUGCCCUGGGCUCGCCAUGGCCAGAGCUUUCGGAGAUUUCUGCUUGAAGGACUACGGCGUCAUCUCCGUCCCUGAGAUUUUCUACAGAAAGAUUUCCGAGAGAGAUGAAUUUGUUGUUCUAGCUUCUGAUGGUGUUUGGGAUGUUCUGAGCAACUAUGAGGUGAUCAAGACGGUUGCGACGGCGAAGAAGAGAUCCAUGGCGGCGCGUCUGGUGGUGGAGAGGGCGGUCCGGACAUGGAAACAGAAGUACCCGUGUUCAAAGACCGAUGAUUGUGCGGUGGUGUGUCUGUUCUUCAAACGCCCCAAACCAAUGCUAUUGAAAACUAUGUCCCAAGCGGCGGGGCUUAACAUGAGCUUCCCGGAGACCGGCCGCAACGAGGAGAACUCCGCCAUCAUCGCCGAGACCGACGACGGCCUUGACACGCUCCUCAAUUUCAAGGGUACUGAAGAGGGAGAGGACGGCGAUGGAGGAGACCUGCCGGAACGCCACCGCCGCAGAGCCCGGGUUCGUCCAAUACCCAGCUGAGCUAAAAUUUUGAGUAUGUAGAGGCUAUAAAUUUAUCUGUAAAUCUUUAAAUCUACAUUUUUGUUCAAAGAAAUGUAAAUGAAUUGAGCAAAUUAAACUAAAAUCUGAAUGUAGUACAUGCAUACAUGUAUCAAGAACGCCAUGCAAGAUUUCCAGAACGAACUGAAUUGAAAGAUUA